UUAUCUUGUAUCAACUGUUCGUCUGUCUUGUUGUGGAUGUGUAAACAAAUUUAAUUAUUAUUAAAGAUAUACAGAAGUUAUCAUAAUAACAUUUCGAAAAUGAUGAAAAUGCAUUCAGUCUUGUUUUGCCUCUCGCUCUUCACAAUCUCAUGCAGCGCGCAAUUUUAUUUCCAUCAACCAGUGCCACUGCCCUAUCAACAACAUCAAUACCUACAAUAUAGAACUUCACCGCCAGAUUUCAAACCAAUAUCUGAGCCCAAUCAGGAGGGUCCCCCGCAUCCCUCAGUUGUAGCCAAUGCUGAGCGGGAGUCACUAUUACCACCCGAAUUGUCGAAGAGUCGGCGCUUUUAUAGCAAUCCUCGCAUCGCCGCUGCGCUUGCCAAAGAAUCACUUCUGACACCCAAAGAGAUGGCCGUAAUCGAUCGAGAAGCAGAAAAAAUCGAUCGUAAUCAAAUUUAUAAAAUCUUCCACAAUGCCGGUUGGGCGUAAAGGACACUUUUUUGUAAAUUUAUUAAGCAUUUGCUCAAUUUAGAAUGAAAUGUUUUGCCUAGCUCAGUUUUGUUUUUGUUGUUAAUCUCUUGCCAAUUAUUCUCAUCUAAUUAUAUUUUAUUGUGCUCAUA